CACACAUUCACACACGCAGGGUGCCGGGCGCAGGGAAAGUUUGCCGGUGUUACAGUUGGUACAGAGGAAGUUCGUGAAGAGAGCUAGGGCAUUAGAUACAGAUAACUGUGCACCGGGUAGCAAAAUACUUGAGCUUUUAGAGAGGCAGAUACCUAUGCACUGAGGUUGCAGGGAGAUACUGACAAGACAUUAACUAUAUGACAAGAGUGCCAGAAACUGCAGAAAGUACUGGGAAUUAUAAAAUAAGUCUGGCAGUAAAAAAGAGAUUCCAUCACCAGACAAAGAGAUUACAGUACAGAAAGAGAGACGGGCACUUGACGUGGUAUUGCCCAGGGGCACACUGAGAUGAGUAAAGGUUUAUAAGGAAAGGACCAGCAACGACAAAAUAAUAUUGGACAUUGCAGAGACUGUUAAUUUUGUGGACUUGUCAUAAAGUGAUUGUAUUUUCAUAGCAAGUACCAAAACUCCUCACACGACACGAUAGUGUUGGAGAGUGUACAGUAUAGCACUGAACUGCUGUGCCACUGACUGCCAGCGAUAGCAGAUGGUUACUGGGGAAAAGAGAAAGGCAGUGGGCUAAAAUAUAGUAAUAUACUAAGGGUUCUGUAUACAGUGGUGCAGACAGAUGUGUUUAAGGAGGCGUGAAUAGCCCUUUCCACCUUUAGGGGUUUCUGUUAUAACUUAGCAAUACGAACCUAGUACGAGAUGUAUUGGUUAAUAAGGAGCAUAGCAUUGUAGGGACAUAGGUAAGUUAUAAAAGGACUGCACAAGCUGGGGUUGUGAAGACUGCUAAGGGUUACAGUAGGUAUCACAUCCAGUGCCAAACUGGGCAGGGAGUGUGUGUUUUUACAUUUGGGAAUGGGGACACUUGUCCUGGUCUGUUUUCUGUGCUCUGUGUUGUAUGGUGUCUUGGGAUUGGUGCCACUGGAAGAUUUCUACCCCUUUGGUGCCAGUGAGGGCGACUCAGUAACCCGCAGACAGGAUGAUGGUGGAUCCGGACUGCUGCCCAUCUCCAGGGCUUUUACAUUUUUUGGGGACAAGCAUAAUGGUCUCUACGUAAAUAAUAAUGGAGUGUUAUCCUUCCUUCGGGAGGUGUCCCAGUUUACACCUGUUGCAUUUCCUAUCUCUGGUGAUCGGCGCGUGGUAGCUGCUUUUUGGGCUGAUGUUGAUAACCGUAGAGGAGGAGAUGUGGUUUACCGUGAAACAGAGGAUCCUAAAAUUUUGAGACUUGCCACCCAGGAUGUGCGCACCUAUUUCCCUGAAUUGCCAAACUUUACUGCCACAUGGGCAUUUAUUGCUACUUGGUAUCGGGUCACCUUCUAUGGGGGUGAUGCUUCUUCUCCGAUAAACACCUUCCAGAUUGUGCUGAUCACAGACGGUCAUCGCUCCUUCACCAUAUUUAACUAUGAAACCAUAGAAUGGACAACUGGUCGGCAUGCCAGCAGUGGAGGUGACAGUUCUGGUAGAGGGGGCAUUGCUGCACAGGCAGGUUUUAAUGCGGGUGAUGGCUGGAGGUACUUUAAUAUUCCAGGCUCUCGUACAGAUGACAUAGCUGGGAUAGGAAACACCACCAAUGUUGGCAUUCCUGGGCGCUGGGUUUUCCGCAUUGACAACAACCAUGUGCAAGUCGGAGAGUGCAGGAACACAACGUCUGUGUGUUGGACCCUUCGUCCCUGCCAGAAUGGUGGUCGCUGUAUAGAUGACUGUGUAACCGGGAAUCCUUCAUACACUUGCUCUUGCCUCAGCGGCUUCACUGGGAAGCAUUGCCAUAUCGAUAUGGGAAGAUGUUACUCUCAGCCUUGUCAGAAUGGAGGCUCAUGUGUGGAUAAACCUGGAAGCUUUGAGUGUCUUUGUUCUCCUGAUUUUACAGGACCCCUGUGUGAGACAGAGGUAUCGCCCUGUACUGAUAAGAACUGUCUAAAUGGAGGAGAAUGUCAAGUUCACAAUCAGGCUGCAGUAUGUGUGUGUCAGUCAGGAUACACUGGAGACAGCUGUGAAACAGAGGUCCGACCAUGCUUUUCAUCUCCUUGUCAGAAUGGGGGAAGCUGUGAGGAUCGAGGUGAUAGUUACAGCUGUGUUUGCAUGGCAAGAUUCACUGGAACGCAUUGCGAAAUAGAGGUCAAACCGUGCUUAUCAUCUCCUUGUCUAAAUGGUGGAACUUGUGAAGAUCUAUAUAUAGAUUACAGAUGUACUUGCAAACCUGGGUUUACUGGAGAGCGCUGUGAGACAGAGCUCAACCCUUGUAUUUCCUCUCCCUGUGUAAAUGGAGGGACCUGUGAGGAUCUGCUAGACAGCUAUACCUGUGUGUGCCCUCAGAGAUUCACUGGGACACACUGUGAGACAGAGGUCAGACCUUGUGCUUCAUCGCCGUGCCAGAAUGGAGGGCUCUGUGAGGAUAUGGGCAUUGGUUAUAGCUGUGUGUGCUCACAAAGGUUCACAGGGAUACACUGUGAGACAGAGGUCAGACCCUGCUCUUCCUCUCCCUGCCUGAAUGGGGGUAUCUGCGAGGAUAAAUCUGUAGGUUAUGGCUACAGCUGUGUGUGCGUGAGAGGAUUCACUGGGACACACUGUGAGACAGAAGUCCGACCUUGUUCUUCAUUUCCCUGUCUGAAUGGUGGAACCUGUGAUGAUGUAGGUACUAGUUACAGCUGCUCAUGCUUACGGGGAUUCACUGGGACACACUGUGAGACAGAGUUCCCUUGCUUUUCAAACCCCUGUCUUAAUAGGGGCAUCUGUAAGAAUAUGGGUGCAAGUUACAGCUGUAUUUGCAUGAAAGGUUACACUGGAGAUCGUUGCCAGACCGAACUCAGCCCCUGCUUUUCGACUCCGUGUCUGAAUGGUGGGACGUGCGAGGACAAGGGUGCUAGUUACAACUGUUUAUGUACACAGGGAUUCACUGGGACACACUGCGAGACCGAAAUCAGACCUUGCUCUUCAUUUCCCUGUUUGAAUGGUGGCCUCUGUCGGGAUAGUGGGAAUAAUUACAGCUGCAUGUGCACACCAGGAUUUACUGGCACACACUGUGAAACUGAAAUUUUACCCUGCUCAUCCUCACCCUGCCGGAAUGGAGGCACCUGCGAGAACUUGCACUAUAAUUACAGCUGUGUGUGUCCGCAAGGGUUCACUGGAAUGCAUUGUGAAACAGAGGUUGUGGAGAGACCCGGAGCAUGUUUGUCAUCUCCAUGUAAGAAUGGUGGUGUGUGUUGGGAGGUUGAUGAAUCCUACACAUGUGAAUGUUCUGCAGGCUUCAGUGGCAUUCAUUGUGAGAACCGUGUGUCCGAUGGCUGCGCCUGCAGGAAUGGGGGACAAUGUGCUGAUGGGAACAGUACGUGCCACUGCCCACCGGGACACUUUGGACUUUUGUGCGAAUAUGAAGUCACAUCUCUACCAUGCAGCAUGGGCUCACAGUGUCCUGACGGAGGAUCAUGUAUGGAGUAUGGUGGCAGUUACCUGUGUGUCUGUCACACAGAUUAUAUCCUAACUAACCACUCAAUGCCUUCACCCUGUGACUCAGACCCAUGUCUAAAUGGUGGACGAUGUGAAGCCCAGGAGGACACAUAUUCUUGUGCAUGUCCCCGUGGCUUUAGUGGGAAACUUUGUGAGAAAGUAAAGCCGGCUCUGUGCAGUCUGUAUCCUUGUCGGAAUGGAGGAACUUGCAAAGAAUCCUGGGAUGAAUACCACUGUGUUUGUCCAUAUCCAUUCACUGGGAAACACUGUGAGACAGGCAUGAGAGGGCCUUGCUCAUCAGGUCCAUGUCACAAUGGAGGCACAUGUUUUCAUUACCUUGGGAAAUACAAGUGUGACUGUCCGCCUCAUUAUUCUGGUCGUCAUUGUGAAAAGGCACUGCUGGACUGUGGAGCCCCAGAACAAGUGAAAUAUGCUUGGAUGGUUGUAACUUCCACUUGGCCAGGCGGACGAGCAGACUAUCAUUGUAAUGAGGGCUAUGUUCUCAGCACCCCAAAUAACAGCCGUGUAUGCAGUGAGGAUGGCAUGUGGAGUGAACCACCAGAGUGUGAGGAAAUUGACGAAUGUGCAUCCCAGCCUUGCCGGAAUGGAGCUGCCUGCAAGGACCGUGUAUCACAUUUCCUGUGUGACUGUCCGCAGGGAUACAGUGGCCAAAAUUGUGAACUAGAAAUGGAUGAAUGUCUGUCAGAGCCGUGUAAGAACGGAGGCAGCUGUCAGGAUUUACCUGGAGCCUUUCUUUGUAUCUGUCCUGAAGGCUUCACUGGUGUCCAGUGUGAGACAGAGCUGGAUGGCUGUGACUCUUCCCCCUGUCAGAAUGGCGGUAUAUGUGAGAAUCUGGCAGGUUCCUACCUGUGCGUGUGUCCGAGAGGUUUCUAUGGUUAUCAUUGCCAGACUGUAAGUGAUUUAUGUUUACUGAAUCCCUGUGGCAACCGAGGAGUCUGCAUGUCCGGUGCAGAUGGAGCAGUGAGCUGUAACUGCCGCACUGGCUACACAGGAAUCACCUGUGAGAGAGAUCUGCUUCCUCCUGUAUCUCUUUCUCUGGGUGCUGUUGGGGAACACAGUGUAUGGGUGUUCUGGACACCCCCAGAGGAAAGCAUGGAUUCUGACCUGGAUGGUUUUGCAGUGAGCUACACAGCUCCUGAUGGCACAUCUCGGACAGAUUUUGUGGACAGAAGUCACACAGAGCAUGAGCUGCGGGGUCUAAGCCCUGGACGAUCAUAUAACAUUACCAUUGUAUCUGUGAAACGUAACCUGCGACACAAUGAUAUCAGCCGCCCCUUGAUUAUCUCUGCACGCACAAGACCUCCUCCUGUGGACAGACCCAGGAUCAGCACUAUUACAGACACCUCUGUCACAGUCUCCUGGUCGCUGAGCAGCCACAAACUCACUUCUGUGGCACAUGUACGACUAUUCCUCCAGCAUCCCACAGAAAGGACGCAACAGGCAGAACAGGAACCUUCAAUGGGAGAAUACACCUUCAGAGACUUACAACCCGGAGAGAAGUACACCAUAUUGAUCAGCACCCUGAGCAGCUCUGACCCACACAACCCCUCCUCUGAGAGUCUUCCCAGUGCCCCACUGAUAGCCUGGACACGUCCACAUCCUCCUAGUAACCUCUCAGCUGUGCUUGUCACUGCAAACUCUGUGCACCUCACCUGGGAUCCCCCUCCGACUGGAUCAGUGGAUGGCUACAUCUUCAAUGUGACCAACAAUCACAACACAAAAAGUCGUUAUGUUCCAAGUGCAAAAAUGACUUCAUACACUGUGCGAGAAUUACAGCCCAGCCAACGCUAUCGGAUUAUAGUGACUGCUCUACGUAACACUCCCCAGGGCCCUGUGAACAGUGAGCCUAAGACACUACGUUUACAGACAUUGCAGAGGGAGGGUCCUCAAGAGCGCCGUUGGAUCCCUCCACGAAUCCUAAGGAACAGGCCUCCUCCUCCUCAGCCACAUCCAGAGUUGCGACUGCUAACAGAAAGAGGACCUCCUCCUGCUGAAACAAAUCAAGCUUACAGAUUUACAGAACUGAAGGAUGGACGUCGCCGUAUUUCAGCCAGAUUCAGUCACUUGGCCAACAAGUCAAUUAACAUAACUAAAGAGCCUGAAGCACCCAUACGAAUUGACAACCCAGAGGAACCACCUGUUCCUGUGAAGCAGGCUCUACAUCUCCAAAAUCCUGAGAUUAGUCAAAAGGAAGAUGAACAAGGUGGCUGUCUGGAGACUCCAUGUAUUAAUGGAGGGACCUGCGUAAAUGGGGAAACCUGUGACUGCCUGUCCGGAUUUAAGGGGCAUCAGUGUCAGAUGGCUUGCAGGAAAGAAAGCUUUUCCUGUACCAGACUGUUCUCAGAGACGUUGUCAUACCCUGUGUGGGAGGGAGGAAUCUGUCACCAUCUCUAUAGAAGGGUAUACAAAGUCCAGCAUGACGUGUGCACCAGGGAAAUCUGUGAAGGUACUGCCAGAAGCCGACCAAAAACAAGAAUUUCCAAGCCAUGAUCAAAAAUACUGAAAAGAAGCACUAAUUAUGUGGGAGAGAGAUUAGAACAUCAGCAGAGGUGACAUACUCUUCAUCCUUUCUCCUUAACAUGAUGGGACCCUGUGGAUUCCCACUUACCAUGCAGUGGCAUAGCUGGUGUUGUAUCAUAAGCCAUUGACAAGCUGAGGAGCAUCACUCCACCUCAUUCUUUGGGGCCCUGCAAGCAGCAUUCCCUUCUAUCCUCAGCCAAAGAUCUACAAGACCACCAGACCUUAUGUUUCUGCUUACAGGACUGUGGACACUUGUUCUAUCUGCAGAUCAUUGCUCACAUCCUGCUCUGGUACCUACUUAGAGAGCAGAGUUUUUUUGAACUUAGACAAAGCAGCUUACAUCUACCAACAAUUUAUAAAGGCUGCAGAAUAUUGCUUUACCUUACUAUACACUUGUAGAGCAUUACAUUUCUCUUUCUAACGGACUAGCUAAGCACCAAGUUUCUUUUCAUAUUGAAGACUUACUUUAUGAGAAAACAAAUCCCUUAAAUAGGAGCAUCUGCUUCAUGAAUCCCCACCAAGUUGGCACUGUAGAUAUUCAUGUAAACUGAAGACAAUAAUUUAAUGAACAGCCUUUUAAAGGGACACUGCUAACAGAACAAUCAGUAACUAAGAUAUUCAGAUAUAUCUUGAAACUCAAUGCCCUUUUCAAAUCACAUAUGACAAUGGCAAUUUUUUUUGACUAAGUUGUAAUUUUCAUUUGUAAAUACUGUGAUAUGAGAUAUGGGAAGGUUAAUUCCUUUUAUCUGAUGUCACAAAAUAUUCAGCAAGAGUUUACACUGGCUAAAUGCUCUGUCAUUUCAUUUUCAUUAUUUACAUUGGCAAAGGACUGUGGCUAAAGCCUAAAAAAAAUACUUAUACACCAUUCUGAUAUUAAAUUUUGUAUUAUAAAUUCAAAAUAUAUAUUUAGUUGCCAACAUUUCACCACAUUUAGAUGUAUGAAUGGAAACCAUGUGAUCCUUUUUAAAUGUACUCUAACCUGGCUGGAUGUGUGCAGGGUGAAGCCUUCCUUCUGACCUCAGACCAUCUUGUCCUAUAAAAUGACAGCAGCAACUUUGGGUGAAGCAUAGAAUAAUUUUUUUCUGGACCAGACAAGCAGCGUGUUAAGUUGUACCUCCAGGAGAGGUAGUAACAGUAUAUUAGGCUGCACCCCAUUAUGACUGGGUGCAAAGUGUGUUAGAUUUCGCCUUCAGAACAGGCGGCUUUUGGUUUUAUAAUAAAACAUUUUAUUAAAAAAAA